CGCAAAGCUCCGGUCACACUGUCUCCGGUCCAGAGCUAAAACCAAAUCCCCUAAUUCAAUCAAUUUCAAUCUCGAACCCCACUCAUGGAUAUAGCUCUCUUCUCGCCGUCCUCCCUCUUCGCCGCCGACGAUGACUCCUCCUCCGAUGGAGAGACGAGGGAGACGAGCGAGAGCUUCGUUGAUAGGAAUCACCAGUUUCCUGGAAUGGAAUUGCAUAUCCGGGAAUUUGGUUUCCACCAGCUGAAUGCAAACUUGCUCUGGCCCGGUUCUUUCUCCUUUGCUGAUUGGUUAGUCCAGCAUCCCCACUUGAUCCGUAACCGCCGCUGUCUCGAGAUUGGAAGCGGCACGGGCGCUCUAGCGAUAUUUCUUAAGAAAGAGUUUAAUCUAGACAUAACUACUUCAGACUACGAUGACCAGGAGAUUCAAGACAACAUUGCUCAUAACUGUCUUGCAAACAACAUUACCCCUUCUCUCCCCCACAUCAAGCAUACGUGGGGAGAUAUAUUCCCAACCUCAGUUCCAGAUUGGGAUUUGAUCAUUGCCAGUGAUAUCCUUCUUUAUGUGAAACAGUACCCAAACUUGAUAAAGUCUCUCUCUUUUCUUCUCAAUUCCUGCAAACCAAAAGACACCACCAAUGCCGUUAGUCCAGCAGAUUGCAAGCUAAAUGGAGCAGAGUCUGAUCAGCUACCCUGGCCGGUGUUCUUAAUGAGCUGGAGAAGAAGGAUCGGGAAAGAAGAUGAGUCUUUAUUCUUUAAUGGUUGCCAAGAAGCUGGCCUCGACGUGAAGCAUCUUGGAAACCGAGUUUAUUCCAUCCACCUACCUUAGAGAAACCAACCUCAUCUGAAGAAUCGGAUACUACUUCUUCUCAUGAGUCUCCUUCCGCAGAUUGUUCGCCUCAUAAAUUAGGCCUAAUGUUUAUUACUCUUGCAGCUUUAUUUGGAUUAGUUUUUUUGUUGUUUUUGUUUGGCGGGGGGUGAAAUGAGAUACAGUUUUAGGAUCAUUUCGAUCAGUUUGCGUCGCUUCUCGUUAGAUUGAACUUUGUAACAAACGUUUCGCUUAUGAUCACGCUCCUAUGCAUUA